AUGUCUUCAUCAGAAACUCCCACUGUUUCUGCAACUCCCAUGGCUUCAUCAGAAACCCCCACUGUUUUUGCAACGCCCAUGGCUUCAUCAGAAAUUCCUGAUGUUGAUUCUCAUAAUCAAAACUAUCCUAAAAAUCUAAUUUCUGGAUCUGCAACCCACAAUGUUGCUAAUUCAGUGGAAACAGAUACACCUGUUCUUGAUUCUGAAAAACAACACCAUGCUGAAAAACCACUUGCUGGAAAUCAAACACCCCCUAAUGUUGAUCAGACAUUUCCAACAGGUUCUGCACAAAGGGAUCCAAGAUUCAGGCUACUAUACCUGCGAGGAUAUUUGAAAGAUUUCCAGAAGUAUUUCCUUCAAGAGGGCUGUGCCAGGAAGAUCUCACGUUUUGAUCAUUGCCUGAAUAUAAGUGGGGGAUACCGUUGCUCAAAACACGAAUACAAAAUUGUAUUCCGACCUGAUACAUUGGUUCAAUCUGUUGGUUACCAUGACAUCCCUAAUCAUGUAUUUGAAUUUACCCCUUUUGCAGAAAUUACCAAUUUUGUUGCAAAUUUUGACUUCUGUUUUGAUUUGUUGGGACACAUAAUUGGUUACAGUGAUCCAAUUAUUGAUAAUGGUAAGAAGAGGAUUUCGGUCGAGUUGGAAGAUGAAAGGGCCGAUAGGUUAAAGCUCACAUUAUGGGAUGAGCACGCAGACAAGGUUUAUACCAUGAUGACUAAUAAUCCUGAUUACCCUGUUGUCCAUAUUGUUCAGUAUGUCAAAUGCAAAAAAUACUACUCUAAAGUUUCAAUCACAACGAAUCUGUUCAAUGGUAGGAUUUUCCUAAAUGACAUGACCAUUCCAGAUAUAUACGAAUACAAAUUCAGGGUUGAUCAGGCAGAUAUUAGAUCUGCAAGCAUCCAUAAGAUAUCCCUGCUAUCUUCCAUUUCAGGAUACACAAAUUUUGAGGAAUUUGUGCGUGAUGCCGAGAUGUUGACACUGGCUGGGAUUGAUGAUUUGGAACAGGCUGUAGCAACUGUAACAGUAAGGUUGUUGAGAUUGAAUCAUCUGCAAAGGAACCUCACUGGUGGUAAACAAUGGUCGGCCUUUGGCAAAGGUAGAAAGGUAAAUAAUGAAAAGCCAGUUGGAGUAGCAAAGAGAUGGAUGUGCAAAAACCAUGGACCUGUUUCUGCCGUCGCUGCAAAAUUCAAGUUGCAGGUGUAUUUAGUAGAUGGUUCAGGCAGCAGAAUUGGUACUCUAUGGGACAGAAUGGUGUAUAACUUCAUAAACAAGACCGCUUCUGUGUAUCCCAAAGGUUACCCUGACAUUCUAGAUGAAAUUGUGGGGAAAAAGUGUCUGUUCAGGCUAGAUGUCUCAGACUAUAACAAUAGAAACAACACCAGUGAGAUAUCAGUUGCAAGGAUUAUAACAGAUGCAGACGUUAUAAGGAAGUACCUUGAUGUUGUUUCAGAUGAUCAGGAAAUAGAUCCUGAGCUAAGUGCUGAAUUCUGCCACAAUUUAACCCUAUUAUCUGAGAGCACUGCUAAGACAGCAGUUUCUUGCACUGACGAUAAUGAUAUGGGAGCUCCUGGAGAUGAAACGGGUGACAGUCUUCCACCGAAGAAGCAUGCAUCUGCACAAUGUGGCGAAAAAAGUGUCAAGUCCCAGCCCAACAAGCGUAUCAGAAAUCUUUAA